ACGCUCCUCAGCUGUCACAAAACAGGCGAUCUAUGGACAGAGAGCAAAGUCUCUGUUCGCGUUUUUAGUUUUCAAUUUUUCACUUUUUGUCGUCUAAGCGGUCAGUAUGGCUGUGGCUGAAGCAGUGAUGCCUGCCAUCACAUCGUUCCCAAGUGUUCAAGCGAUGGAAGGAAAACAGUUCGACAAUAUGUGUAAGGUGGGUGCACGAAGCAGCGCAACAGGUGGCACAGACAAUCCGCUCAUUGAAGUGGAGUUCAGCAUCGUGCAGUCUCCUGCUUUACUCCCCAAAGACGACGAUGAGCUGGGGAAAUUUUUGGACCUCGAGUUCAUUUUGUCAAACACCAUCAACUCCGACGUCGCGAGCAACACCGAGAACAUUUCUCCGGCACAGCAGUGCGCGUACUCUCUGCCGGAGUCGCCGGAGAGCUGCAGCGGGAGUUCCGUGCCAGACUGCAGCGAGCACCCUCCUUCUCACCUGGCCGCGCAGAGCUACCACGGCACGGUGAGCUUCACGGGCUCGAGCCCAGUCCGCAGUCUCGUGGCGGAGCUUCUCACGCCAGAAAUGAGUUUCCCGGGAGAUAGUUCACCGGAGGGCGCAGGGAAGGCGAGAGACGGGCGGGAGUACACCGAACUGCGUGCGUUAAAUCCUAUUCCAGCAGCUCCCACUCAUCACCAGUUGGCCACGUCUCCUCCACCGCUUGGAUACAAAAUAAAAACCGAGCCGGUAGGUCAAUCCUGCAUGAUGGCUGCAGGUGGCGGGAACUUUAUGGGACAAAUGUAUGAGCGGCACCAGAUGCGCUCCAUGCACCAGGCAGCUUUUACGCACCACCAGGUUACAGCUCCAGGAUAUGGUGUGCACUCCAUGCAACACCCAGCGCCUCAAGGACGCACAGACUGCCAUUUGGCGCAAGUGAACUCUCAUCUCCAUCUUCAAAACCACUUCAUGAACGCGCAUUACCAACCGCAGUAUGGGCACCAGAAUUUGGCACACUUUCAAGGACAGUAUAGCAUUCACAGAGAGCCUGUCCGCGUUCACCAGCAGCACCACUCGGCUUCUGUGCAGGGGAUGAUGCUUACACCACCGUCGUCGCCGUCGUUGCUGGAGUUUUACGCACAGGAUGAGGCGGGGAGCAUCAAGCAGAAGCGAGGACGCAGGUCAUGGGCUAGAAAACGCGCCGCGACGCACAGCUGCGAGUUCCCUGGCUGCGGGAAGACAUACACCAAGAGCUCGCAUCUCAAAGCCCACAUGAGAACACACACAGGUGAAAAGCCCUACCACUGUAACUGGGAAGGCUGCGGCUGGAAGUUUGCCAGGUCAGACGAGUUGACCCGCCACUUCAGGAAGCACACUGGACACCGACCUUUCCAGUGUCAUCUGUGUGAGCGUGCAUUUUCACGCUCAGAUCACCUGGCGCUUCACAUGAAAAGGCACAUGUAGGCCACAUUUAACCUAUGGACACUUUGGUAUCCAAAUCCAUCAAAAGAUCAUGCCAGGAACACCCCAGGGGAAGCAUGAGUUGGAUAUUUUGUGCAUCUGGGCCAAACCAAUGAAACAAAACGUUCCUGUAGGGACUCGUGUUGUGCCUUGGUACCACACAUUUCUUCUUGUAGGAGCUUGUUUAUGUUUUUCAAAAGUAAAGUGCCUCUCCAUCAGAAAACAGAAUGAAUGCAAGUGGUUUUGUACAUAUAUGUGGAUAUAUGAAUAAGUGGCUAAAUUAUAGGAGUUUGUAUUUAAGACAUUUCCUUGCUCUGUCUCUGAAAUAACUUAUUGAUUGUUGGUGAGUGCCUUAAAAAGCUUCCUUUUGCUUCCCAAAGGGGAAAACUGACUGUGGGCAGGACCCAGAAAUCUGUACAUAUGUAAAUUGUAUUUUUGUAAUGUUUACAUCUUACAUCUUUGAUACUACUUAAAUCAGGUCAGGGUUUUUUAAUGACAUUGUUUCAUUUUAUUUUCUUCAGUUUUUUAUGUUAAAGCUAUGCUCAGCAUUGCAGGCUUAGCCUGCAUUUCAGACAUUUAUUUUGUGAAGGUUUGACGGAACAACAAAUUCAGGUACUAAAGUUCAUUUCCAGUCCCAUUUUAGGAACAUCAAGUGUAACUCCACCCUCAUGCCCCUUAUUCAGAUGGCAUUUACAGCUCAGUGUCAUCUGGGGAUGGGUUUCUUUUUGUUUUUUUGUAAUAGAAGAUAUGUUUUUUGAAGAAUGAAGAAAUCCACUGCAACCACUGGUUGAUCUGAUGAACUUGAAAGAAACAGAACUGCCACUCAGAUGUAUAUUUUUUCUCAACAAUGCAACUGUUUUUUAUGUGCUUAAGGGCUCAGAAAAUAAAAAGUACUUUUACAAA